UUAUAAAAACAAUCAAUUCAACUACUAAAAAUGGCCAACUUUGUCGGUAAAUAUAAGUACGAAAAGAGCGAGGGUUUUGAAGAUUACCUUCGCAAAACUGUUGGACAACCUGGAGCUGAUGCAGCCAAGAAGUUCCAUCAAAACAAGCCAUACUUUGAAGUCUCUGUCUCUGGUGAUUAUUAUACAUUUACUUUAUACAAUGGUGAACAACAAAUCACCAAUUCUUUCUAUUUUGACAAGGAGUUUAACGAGAAAACUUUCUACGACACAAUCUUCAAGACCGUUUGCAAGAAAUAUGAUGACAAAAUCGUAUUUGUUAGCAAACACCCAAAUGGAAAUACAUCAACUCGCGAAUACAAAUUUACACAUGAAGGAGUUGAAGCUAAUCUCUUCGACCAACAAUUUGGAAGCAAGGCAUACCUCAUCUUCAAACGUUAUUAA